AUGACUAAAUGGGGAGCUCGUAACUUCAGCACUAAGGCGGGUAGUCGGGUCGUCUCCUCGGGAGGAACAGGGAUGUUAAAAUUGCUCUCCUAUGAUAAUCCUACCCAGCAGUUGGCUAGUGGACAAUGCUGUGAUCACUUUCUUUAUAGUAGAUGUAAAACAAACCAGUGCGACCCGAAAUUCACCGUCUGUGUGAACCAGCAGCCAGUCACUAGUCAAUGUUCCUUGGCGAGGGCAGAGUCACACGUGUUUAAUGACACCAACAGCGUCAUAUUCAACGACACGUUCGGAGACGUUUCAAACCCAUUACACUUCAACUUCUCAUCCUGGAAGACUGGAUUUGUUGUCAGCGUGACGGUACAGGACGUUGAUAUCGGUGGAAGUGUUGACACGAUGGACAUCAUGGUUCAAUCCCAAUUCCUUGACUUGAAGAAUGGACCCGUCCACAACGGUCUGAGCAUGAGGGGUUCUAAGGGAAGGUUACAGCUGGAGUACAGUCUGGCGUGCGAUCCAGGCUACUAUGGUGAUUGUUCAUUGAGUUGUCAAGUAAAAAACAACUCCUACUGUGCUCCAAAUGGAACUCUGAUUUGUUAUCCGGGAUUUACAGGAAAUGACUGCGCUACAGAUAUUGACGAGUGCCAGAGUAAUCCGUGCUCCAAUGGUGGUACCUGUCAGGACGGAAACAAUAGUUUCUCGUGUUUGUGUCCAUACGGCCACUCAGGACCAAUGUGUAAUGUCGCUGUGUCUACAACGACAGCAUCAACGACAAUAGAGACUACAGUCAGCACAUCCACUACCUUACCUGGACCCAAUGUUACGUCCACGACCUCAUCUAAACAUAGUGCCAUGUCUUCCUCCACAUCCAGAGUCGUGUCUUCAAAAUCAUCUACAUCACGUGUCACGUCCAUAACGUCAUCACUGACGUCACUGUCGACGUCAUCAAUACCGAGGUCCUAUCAGACACAUUCUACUGCUACAACAUCGACUUCUAGGUCGACGAAUGGAUCAUCCAGCCAGUCCGCACAAGCUCAAAAACAGGUAGCUGCGGAAGAAGAUAACACUACGCUGGUUCUCGGGGGAGUUGUUGGGGGGCUUCUGUGUCUCCUUCUGUUGCUGCUGUUGGUUGGAUACUUUGUCAGAAAACACUUUGCAAAGAAGAAAAGCACCGUCGACGCGGAAAGGAGAAGCUCCAGUAAUAGAGUGAGAAAUGGAAGGGAGAUAACUGCAAAUUCUAGAAAACCGACGAUACCUGAUCAUACUGACGUGAUCCCGUGGUAA